UUUUGUCAAAGAGAUAACGUUAAAAUUACCUCAAGAGAUGUAUCCAAAGAAUCUAAACCUGAAUUUGCCCAAAAAUUAUCUGACAGCUGCCCAAAAAUUCACCAAACGCAAACAGUUCAGAUGACCGAAAUCACGGCGGGCAGGAUCCAAACUACGAGGCUACUCGAAUACUUUAGACUACCAUUGGUCUCCCUCACUUACAAUACUCUGUGCCACCUUCCACCACCACAACCAUCCGGCCGUGGAAGGUGGCGCGUGACAGACGAUCGGUCCUAGUUCUGUGAGGACAGAUCAAAGAGGGGAUGGGUCAGGGACUGAGUUGCAGAGAAACUAAUGAGCAUGGUUUAUUCAUCGCAGUCCAGAAUGGAGAGUUGGAAAUUGUUGAAGCUAUGCUAGAGGAUGAGCCAAAUGUGUUGGGAUGGAGAACUGUUCGUGGGAAGCUCUCUGCCCUUCACAUGGCAGCUGCACAUGGUCGGAUCGAGGUUCUUUCAAUGCUUUUGGAUCGGUCUAUCAAUACAGAUAUCUUAAACCGCCAUAAACAGACCCCAUUGAUGUUGGCUGCAAUGAAUGGGAAGAUUGCCUGCGUAGAACGUCUAAUUCAAGCAGGAGCAAAUAUUUUGAUGUUUGACGCUCUAAAUGGAAGAACCUGUUUGCAUUAUGCUGCUUACUAUGGCCAGUCAGAUUGCCUCCAAGCAAUUCUUUCUGCAGCCCAUUCCACCCCUGUUGCACAGUCUUGGGGAUUUGCCAGAUUUGUGAACAUUAGAGAUGGAACUGGUGCAACCCCCCUGCACUUAGCAGCAUCUCAACGGCGGCCAGGGUGCGUACGCAUUCUAUUAGACAGUGGGGCUCUUGUUUGUGUUUCUACCAGCGGAUAUGGAUACCUAGGGAGUACUCCACUUCAUAUGGCAGCUCGUGGGGGUUCUUUGGACUGUGUCCGGGAAUUACUUGCUUGGGGGGCAGAUCGACUUCAAAGAGAUUCCUCUGGGAGAAUACCAUACAUGGUUGCCCUGAAGUACAAGCAUGAAGCAUGUGCAGCCUUGUUAAACCCUUCAUCUCCCGAGCCUCUGAUCUGGCCAUCACCUUUGAAGUUCAUCGCCGAGCUUAAUCCAGAGGCAAAAGCCCUAUUAGAGCAGGCUUUGAUUGAAGCAAACAAGGAGAGGGAGAAGGCAAUUUUGAAGGAUACAGUCUACAUACCUUCAUCACCUCUGCAUUCUGAUACUGGGGUGUGCGAUGAUGACUCUGAGGCCAGCGAUGUUGAGCUAUGCUGCAUCUGCUUCGAACAAGUCUGCAGAAUUGAGAUUCAAAAAUGUGGUCACCAGAUGUGUGCCCAUUGUACCCUAGCAUUGUGUUGCCACAGCAAACCCAACCCUGCAACUUCAUGUCAGAAGGUCCCAGUUUGCCCGUUCUGCCGAAGCAGUAUUACCCAACUAGUUUUGUCCAAGGUCAAAACCAACACUGUUAUGAAUGUGGAAUUCAGUCCCUCAAAGCCAAGGAGAUCAAGGAAGUCUUUCAAUUACAGUGAAGGUAGCAGCAGCUUCAAGGGUUUGUCAGCCAUGGGCUCAUUUAAGAUGGGCGGUCGUAGUUCAGGGAAAGUUGAGGGGGUCGAUAAGCCUUGAAAAGUUGGUAAAUGGAGCCACAAGGCAGUCUAGAAUUCUUUUGGAACCUAAACCUGCUGGGUAUGUAUUUCAAAUUCCUUUUAACAGCAAGAGAGAAGUAUGAAGGUAAAACAUAGUUUUGAGAGCUUGGGUUGAUGGGUUGGUCUGGUAGGUUUUUGUAAUGGAGAUCUGCUUCAAUAAAGUUUCAAGAAGCGCCGGGGGGAGGGGGGUUGAGGAAAGGGGUGUCCUGCUAUAUCUGGACACUAUCACUGAUAUUUCCUUUCUUAUAUAUGCAAGCUGUUGUAAUUGCUGCUCAGCCAUUGAGGAUGAUUAUAAUGUUUCUAUUUCAAAACUAUAUCUAGUGUCCUCUGUAUGGAGACCUACAGGCUUUCAUUAUAGUUUCUUUGUUGACAGCAAAGGUGCAGGUUUGUUUGUAGCAUUGCACAAGCUGCAGAGUCAUUGCUUCAGUAAUUAAACAAUGUAUUUUGGCAGAUUGCAAAUUGGUUUUAAUGUGGUUUGAUCUCGCCUCAUUGUAGAAACCAAGAUGAGUAGAGUUGAUUUAGAUGGUUGUUUGUAUAGCAUAGCCAACAGAUAAAGAUAUGAUCUCGUUUAGGG